CAAAGGGAUUCAUUUAUCUCUUUGUCUUUCAUUUCUCAUGCCAAAAAUGGUACAACUAUAAAAAUCACGAUUUUUCAACGGUAUACAUUAACAAUUUGUUUCACGGUUUAUUACGGAUUAGCCAUCGGCAUAAAGUGACGAAUGUGCGGAAGGGAUCGUAACGACAAACGAACGAACAGAUGCGAAACAGAUUUGUACAUUUUGAAGAAAACGAGGAACGAGAUGGAUAUCUCUGACGAAGAACUGUUUGAUGUAAGACCAAGUUGUAGUACUUCUACAAGUUUGAACGUGACGGGAACAAGAGAUUUAAUGCAGGAUCCAGUACAAGAGAAAGAUUCCAAUAGUAUCUUAACCAAAGAUAUUGCAGUAAAACUUACACGUUUACAAAGUGCAAAAGAGAAAAGAAUAAAAAAAAUGUUAAGCUCUAAGAGAAGAAAUAGAUGGAGACAUGGUUUGUUAAAAGGAAAGUUUUCUAAAAAAAAGAAACAAAAAGUUCCUUCUUCUAAGUCUUCGAGUUCUCAGCAAGCAUUUCGAAAUACGGAACCUGUUACAGAAGCUAUAUCGUCAGAAAACAAAGGAAAUGAACAAAUAAAUACACACUUGCAUAACCAAUUGUGUCAAGGAGAAUUGUAUGAAGAUGUUCAACAAAAUGAGCAAAGAAUAAGUAACGUUGCACAAAACAAGACUGAAAAUUUUAAUUUAUCACCGUGUAAGACGGAGAAAGAAGAUUUGUGUGUCAAUGUAUCUUAUGCAUGUGCACGUACUUUACCAUAUAAAUUUUAUCGGAAAAACAUCAUACCUAAUAGUGCAAGCGCAAUUGACUAUUGUGAUUCUUUAUCAUCAUCAAGUAGCAAGGACACAGAAUCGAGUUUGCAUAGUAACCAAUCCAACCUUACUGGUUAUUUAUCUCAUAAAGACACAAGGGUAGCGAACACACUGAUUCGUUUAAGAUUGAAGCUUAUGGCUAAAAAAAUGAAAAAGAGGCUGAAUGAAUGGAAAUUUAAAAGGAAAAGUGCACACAGCGAUAAAUAUUCGUCUGACAGUGAAAUAGAAGAGCAACAUGUACCAAACAAAAAACAUCGAAGAAUAGUAUUCAUGAAAGAAUCUGAUAGUGAAAAUGAAACUGUAAAUAAUACGACAGCAAUUGAGAACAAUAAUCGGAGUGAAUCUCACUUAUCUCUUGAUACAAAGAAAACAUGUAUACAGUUUAGCUCUCCAGCGAAGGUUAUUUUAACAAAAUUAGAAAAAAUGGAAGAUGAAGAUGUGAUUAAGUGGCGAAAGAGCAAAAUAAAGCCUUCAGAUAUUGCAUCUGAAUCAGUAGAAGAUCAAUUAGAGCGACGAAAGUUGUCACGAAAUUUGGUAGCUUCAAACUCUCAAGACAAAUUAAUUUUGUCAACAGUAGAUUGGUUUUCGGAAACACAAGAUAUUUCUAAGGAUUCUCCAUUGACCAAUAGUUACACUGAUAAACGAAGAUAUGCACUAAAGUUAAAGUUGAAUAAGCUACGGAAGAAAUACAAGCUGUUCAAAAAACCUAGAGUUCUGCUAAUAAAGCUAGAUUUUUUACAAUGUUCUUCUAAAGAUGGUAGAUAUUCAGCGACCGAGAUCGAACGUUUAACAAAGAAAUAUCUAAACUCUCUCUUUGUGAUAAAUUCCAUUUCCAAAAGUAAACCUCAUGAAUUAACGAUGUAUAAACACUUGCGCUUGCAAAGCAUAAUGAGCGCAAAUACCACUUGCAUGGAAGGUCAUAAUAUAAGCUCUAGUUUAUCCAGGGAACAAAGUAUGAAAGAAAGCCUUAAACCAUGCUUUAUCGAAGAAAAUUCAAUAAAAGACGUUCAAACCACAGAAAAUAGCGGAAAUAUUCCAUUCCAGAAAACUCAUCGAAAACUCAUUCAAAAUCAUUGUAAAACUUUAUCGCCAAGAGUAUCCGAAAAGAAGAAUAGUACUUCAUCACGAAAGCGUUUAGAACUAUGGCGAAACGCGUUUCGUUCAUUAAUAACGUCGGAAAAAUCACAAAAGGCAAUCGCUUCUACAUCGAAAUCAAUAACAGAAACACUCCCCAUUCCGCGAAGCUCAUCGAAGAAAUCGGUGAAUGCAGCAUGCGAAAGUGUUGUUACUUUAGCUUCCACAUCUACGUCUUCCAUGAAACAUACAACAUCGGUCGGAUUUCCUUCAAAACUUACUUCGCCAAACAAACAGACAAAAGACUCAACAAAGCUGACAGAAUGUAAUGAUACAUCUAAAUCCAAGUCAUCUAUCAGCAGUAAAAAUCUUCCAAGUGACGCGAAUGUUGAUAAAAUCAUCUCUAGGAGCGACUUAACUCAAUCUAAGAAUACUGUUUCUAAAAGUCCGUGUAAAAACGUAGAAGUGACAGACAAUGUUAUUACAUUAGACUCUUUCUUAAAUUCGAACAAGAAGAUAUCAGAGAUGUCACCGAAAUUGCAUAAGGAAGCAACCAGUCUUAAAUUGUCAACUAAUAAUAAAUCUGAAAGGUCAAAGACCUCGAAAAACUGCAGCAUUGAACAAUUUCAAACAAUACAACACAAAAAAGAGGAAUCACAUAAGUGCAUUGCGUGUGGCUCGUCAUUCAAGAAUUACGAUUUGUGGAUAAAACAUUUGGCUAACAAUUUUAAUACAACACAUAUGAAUGUGAAUUCUAAAUCUUCCUAUGCAUCAAAAUGUAUAAAAGCCUCGCUUUUAAAAAUUAUGAGCAAGGAGAAAAAAUUGGAGAACUCGAAACCAUCGACAUCGAAAUGUUCUUCAGUUAAUGAAGAAAGUGACUCACAUCAAUUAGAUAAACCCGUUAUUAAUUCCGAUAUGGAAAGUUCAUCCUCUUCUUCGUCCUUGUCAUCAUUGAAAGCCAUCAAAAUGCGCCGUGAACAAUUCAAAGUAUCAAAAAGGAAAAUGAAAAGUAGGUCAGUUAUGAAGUCAAAAUCUAGUCGAAAUUCAUCAAGUGGAGCGGAAAUUCCGGACUCCAAUAAUGUUGAAUGUAGUAGUUUAACGAACAUUAGAGUAAAACAAAAAAUAACAUGCAAGAUUUGUUCAAAGUCCUUUGAUACCAAUCAACAACUUUUUGAAGAUAUGGCAAAGCAUAUGCAUAACGAUUUCCAGAAUAUGCAAACAGCGAUCGAAAAUUAUAUUAUUUCUACACAAGAGUCUAACAAGACUAACGAUCAAGUCUCCAAUGAUAUAGUGAAAAAUUCAAUAGAAGCAGCCGUGGAAGAGGUCGAAGUAAUUAGAAAUGAUAUCAAUGAGUCAGAGAAGAGUCAGCGAGAAAAUAUAAACGAAUCGAAUGCGGAAAAUCUUGUGAGUUUAGAAGUAUCACAACAAGAUACAACCAAAGAAAAAAACAAAAUUUCGAACUUAUCAGCAGAAUAUACUAUAGAGCAAGAUGUAAAAAUACAGUCGACAUCUGCAACGAAUAACGUCGAACAGGAAGUUGGCAAAACGCAGUGUACGGAAAAAGAAAACAUAUGUGAUGCUGGACCAUCUUUAGAACUUCAAUCGGAGAGAUUCUUUACUAUUUGUGAGUGCCAUAAACCCAAAAAUGAAACAAUUGAAGCGAUGGGAUCGAACAUUUACAUCGAAAUAGUUUUGUUGUGUACCACUUGCCAGACAAUAUUUCGAGGCUUGGAAUGCUUUGAAGUGCAUUGUACGAGUUCCGUGGAUGGCAUGCUCUGCAACAAAAAUCGACUGCAAGGUAGAAAGUCCAAAUUACUCUGUGUCAGCUGUCAGCAGAUAUUGAACUCUCUCCAGGAUUUGUUGCAACAUCUAACGAUGCAUUCCCGGCUUAAUCACAGAGGCACGGUGACAUUUUCUUGUAGCACAUGCAAAGUCAUCUUCUACAGUUUUGGACCGCUCUUUGAAAGCCAUUUCCAAAAUCAUGAGAAGAACUCGUUAUUCCUGGCUAGCCGUCUCUCGUUUCCAAGGCCUUCAUACAUCAGCUCAAAACUUAUCAAGUUACUGGCGACAGAUAUACCGAUAGAGCAGCUUUAUAUGCAAAUAGCCGAUUAUGUGUGCCAACAUUGUAGAAUGCCUUUUAUCUAUGAACAAGAUCUGAAAUCACACAAAAUGAUUUGCGAAAGCCACAACGUCGAGUCUCGCUUCGGAUCUUCGGACGGCAAAAGUACGAUCUCGAUCACCCCCAGCAAAAUACCAAUUUUGCUAAUAUGCGGAUUCUGUAACAAGACGUUUUACAGCAGGAUGUCUUUUGAGCUACAUUCGUUGGAACAUACGCAGAAGCGGGAGGUACACUUGCAUUAUACUUGCGUAGCUGUUACCGCCGUAACGAAAGUAUAUAUCUGCAAGGUAUGCACAACCAUGUGGCAAUGUUUGCAGACCUUCAGAGAACAUUGGCGGACUCACAGUGAGCUGCGGGCGGAAUAUAUAUGCUCUCUCUGUCGUAAUUAUUUCCAUAGUGUUGAACUGUUCCAGAAGCAUGCGCUCGUGCACAGAAACAACGAGAAGAAGCAAGUGCCGAUCACAUGCGAGGUAAUCUAUCGCGACAUCAGUGAUCGGAACUUCAACAUAAAUUCGCAAAGCGACACUACCAUAAACGAAUUACCUUAUAUGAAUUUGAGUUAUUUCGAUAAUAAGAAAAAUGUCGUUGAUAAGACUGUGAAUAAUAAAUCCUGCGAAUCACAAAAAUCGACUCGCUUACUGUUGAAAAAUCUCAUGAGUGAGAAUCGAUCUACGCAGUCAUCAGUACGUUCCAAUAAAGAAGCACAAGCAACCGGAAAUGUCCCGCACGUUCCGGUACAAGUUCCCUCAUCUAAUUUCCUCGUCGCAGUUACACAAUCCGAACCAAAUAGCAAUUCGGGAAAUCUUGGUGAUGACUCGGAUGAGGACCUAACGAUAGUGUUGUCGGAAAGUGAAGAAAGUUCAGUAUCGAGUGGGGUCAAAAGAAAUGUUGAUAGUAUGCCUUCCACUACGCCAGAAAACACGAAAUCAAUGACGUCCGAUUUUGCCAUUAUUGAUGGGCAAAUGCGAUAUUCCAACGAUACGACUCUGAUCGCCGCAGCAUCUUCGAAGAUUUCGAGCUACGUAAGAGAAAGUACAAGUUUAAAUUCCCGAAUUAGUGUCAUAACUCCGAUAGAAUCCGAGAACACGCAGCUGAAAACAAAUUCGAACGUUUCGAGGGAUAACAAUGCUCUCGAAAAUAGUGUAGAUCGCUCGGUAUCGUCAAUGGCGAAUUCUUCGAGAGAAGAUCUCAAAGAAUCAUUACCGGAGAACGCCAUGAGUUCUGUGCCUAAGACUUUCUUACGCGUGAAAUCCUUGGCAGAGCUAACAAAUACUCCACCGGAGAAAUUCUUAUGUCAAGUGUGUAGCCUGUCAUUCGAGUCUCGGCAGAAAUAUAGAACACAUAAGUUAACACACAUUCGGUCUCUUCAAAACAAGACAGAUGACCAAAUCACUUCUUCCGGCAAUAUACAAGUCUGGCCAGCUAAACCGACGUUCAAUCCUCAAGCAGCCAUGCCCACAACAUCAACUCAGGAUUGUUCCCUCUCUUCCGCAAUGACUCCAUCCGUCACCGUGCAUCCGAAUACAUCUACAGAAGUCUCGGCCAAUUCUCGACAAUAUCAAAUGAUCGGCGUGAAGCCAUUGCGUUCGAUCAAAUAUAACGCGAAUGUAGAAACAUCAAAAGUGAAAGAAGCGUUAUGUUAUGAAAAGUCAACGUGUGUUUCGUUAAACAAUGUCGAUACUACUUCGCAGCAAAUCUCGCAGAAGACAGCUUAUCAUCAAAACUUGUCACCUCUUGUCAACUAUCCAUUAAACAAGUCAGUCCAAUCUGCCCAACAGCAUCAGAGUACUGGCACCGUAGCUGUCAGACCAUUCUUACAAACUUAUCAAACGUCCGAACUACUGCCACCACCAUAUUUGCAACAACAGCAUUCGCAGCAAUUACAACAUUCACAACUGGUGCAUCAACAAAAACAACAUCAAAUUCAACAACAACAACAGUUACAACAGUCACAACUGCAACAGACGCAGCAACAUCAUCAGCAGCAGCAACAACAGCCGCAGAAAUUGCAACAACAGCAACAAAUACAGCAACCGCAACAGGUACAGCAAUUGCAUCAGCAAUCGCAAUACCUGCAACAACAGUUACAACGACAUUUACAAUUACAGUUACAAUUACAACAUCAGCAACAGUUGCAGCAUCAGCAACAUCAACCACUACAGCAGCAGCAACAAUUGAAUGUUGGCAAUAAUGUUAUGCAUUACAUAAUAUCUAAGACAGACAUGUCUUACCAAUUGCACCCCAAUAACCUAAUACCAACGAACACGGAUAACGUUAUGCUCGUAACUGUAAACACAAUGCAACAGAUCUCACAAAAUCCGGAUCGUUACAUCUGCAUAUAUUGUCCAGGCUUUGAGUGUGGUUCAAUGCAGGAGUUUGCGUUGCACGAGCAUUCAUCGAAGCACGAAGCCCGUAGCCGUUACAACAACGUUACUUAUUUAUCUUGAACGUAAACUAUAGAUGAUAAUUAUAUUUCUUGAAAGUUAGAAAACGAUUGAUGAUAUUAAGGAACACAGUCACUUUUCGAUGAACAUAUAGAUUCUAUGCCAUUUUAAAUAACAUUAGAAUCACAUGAUACUGAUGUGAUCAAGUAUCAAUUUACUGAUCUGUAAAUAAAUGCAUUUUCAUCUGA